UCCGCUUCCGACCUGUCGCGCAGUUCCGCCAUGGCUGCGGAGGAAGCGAGUCGUAGUUCUCCUAGGUCUCGGCGGGAGCCGAAGGGGCGCGCCCCGCGGCAAGACAAGUAUUCGGUGCUUUUGCCCACUUACAACGAGCGCGAGAACCUACCGCUCAUCGUGUGGCUGCUGGUGAAGAGCUUCUCCGAGAGUGGCUUCAACUAUGAAAUUAUAAUCAUAGAUGAUGGAAGCCCAGAUGGAACAAGGGACGUUGCUGAACAGUUGGAGAAGAUCUAUGGGUCAGACAGAAUUCUUCUAAGGCCACGGGAGAAAAAGUUGGGACUAGGAACUGCAUAUAUUCACGGGAUGAAACAUGCCACAGGCAACUACAUAAUCAUCAUGGAUGCUGACCUCUCACACCAUCCAAAAUUUAUUCCUGAAUUCAUUAGGAAGCAAAAGGAGGGUAAUUUUGACAUUGUCUCUGGAACUCGCUACAAAGGAAAUGGUGGUGUGUAUGGCUGGGACUUGAAAAGAAAAAUAAUCAGCUUGAGGGUCAGCUGUGCUGGAAGCUCCCAGACGGCCUCAUUCACGUGUUUAGCAGUUGGUGCUGGUUGUUGACUGGGCCCACCUCAGUUCUCCUGCAUGUAGCCGCUCGCCUGGAAAGCUGCAUCAGCUGCUUUACAUGGCCUAAGGACGCCACCCAGAAGCACCACAGCUGCAGCUGCAAGCACUCUGAGUCGUGAGCUCUGGGGCUGACACCACUUUAAAUUUUGGUCAAAGCAAGCUUGUAAUCAAGGGAUGGGGAAAUAGAAUCCCCCUCUUGAUGGGAAGACCCACAAAGAAUUUUUGACCACAUUUGGUCUAUCUCACCUAGGUUGUUGGAGAGAGAUGUUUCUAUCUCUAAAAGAUCUACCUAGCUUAUUGCUUUUUGUGUAACAACAUAACUUUAUAUAAAUUCUUACUAAUAGUACUUUUUAUCACUCAUUCCUAUCAAAGGUUCUGUUAGGUUCAAUUUUGCCUCUUAACUGUGAAACUUAAAACAUGUAAAAAGCCUCAAUCUUCAGUGAAAUGAAGGGGUUAGAAAAAUGAGCAGUUUUCAUUCCUUCUGAGGAUUGGAGUCAUGCAGGAGGAGAUUAUACACAUCUGCUCCCUGUUCAUCCUCCCUUCCUUUCUUGUGUGUACACACAUUGGAGACCAUUUGAAUGGAUCUCCAGGGAUGGUGCAAAAGCUUCAGUAUUUUUGACAGGUUCCCAGAGGAUUCUGUUGUGCACCCAUGGUUGAGACCAACAAGUCAGUGAUCUCUCGGGCCUCUCUGAAUUUGGUCAUUAAAACUAUUAUUUAAAAUCAGGGAGUCCCAGUGAGAGACAGUUUACAACCUUCGGUUGGAUCAUUUAGUUGUAUUGAGUUGUAUCCAUCAUGGCUUCUUAAUGUCUGCACUGACUUUAUAGUAAAAACGGCUUAGAAAGAUUAUGUAUCACUUGCUCAAGGUCUCAUUUUUAUAGUCCAGAACCGGAAUUUGAACCCAAGUCUGUGACUCUUGCUGUAUUUUGAUUAUUGUUGUUCAGUCAUGUCCAACUCUUUGGGACGCCAUGGACUGCAGCAUUUUGGUUAAAGACCCCAAUUUUAAAAUGCAUUACCUUUUAUAGAUGUAUAAUGUAUAUAUACAUACGCAUGCACACAUACACAUAAAUACAUAUACUCUCACAUUCCUUGGGUCAGACUCAUUUUGUGGGAUAAACUAUGUCUUGGAAUUUUUUUGUAACGAUUAGAAUCAAAUUGCCGGGGCAGCGGGGUAUGUUUUUGUUAGCCAUUAUCCCAACUAGAUCCCUAGCCGUGAAUUUUAUAUGAAAUAGGCUCUUCUGAGCAGUGCCUUGGUGGUUCUCCUGGCCUUGGAGAGAAACUUUUUUGCACGCUGCUUCCCUGCCACCUUCCUCCCUCCAGAACAACUAGUUUUCUGAAUCUGAGCACACUAAAAUAGCCGCAGUGCCAGUCAUUUUUUCCAACAUCUUUUUGAAAUGUUAAUAAUAGCUAUUAGUCAGUAAUAGCUUAUAAUUGAUUUGAUACAUAGUUGUGCUUGAAGCACAGACCCUAAAGUCAUUGUUAGGGGCUGAAUGUUUCCGAAUUCAUGUGUGCCUUACCCUGGGAGUGUUGGUGUUGGGAAAUGGGGUUUGGGGGAGGUAAUUAGGUUUAGAUGAGGUCCUGAAUGUGGGGCACUAUUUGGUGGAAUUAGGGCCCUUUCAAGAAGAAACCGGGAAAGCUUGGCCUUCCCUACCCCCACCCUGAGCUCCUACACCCUCCACGUGAGCACACACCAGGAAGGCACCAUUUGGAGGCUGGGAACAGGAUCCUCACCAGGAACCAAGUUUACAGCACCUUUAUCUUGGACUUUUCUGC